UACAUCUUACAACUCUUAUAACUAAAAUUGUCAAGUUCGCCAAGCCAUUAACUAUUAGCAAUAAGCGCCAAUUGAGCGGUUCUUGCUACUUCCGCUGGUGGCCGUGGUGGCGACAAGAGAGUCUUAGGCGACGGCAGCGAGCUGCGAAGCCUGCGACUGCGAGAGGCAUCAGAAGACAGCGAGGACGCAUUGACCGGCUAGCGGCCAUUUUGAAGGGACGCUUUCGACUUUCGAUAGUAUAUUUCGGAACAGCUUAUAGACUAGCUAGUAGCUAAUGAGUUUUAAAUAUUGUAAUUUUCGUAUAAUAAGAGCGUAGCCUGCAAAGUGCAUCUGCAUCGAGCAAGCUAUACUGGCUAUAGGACAGAGAAAAAUUAUAAGUUGGGUUACCUCGAUCAAGUUCGCCUUCGAUUUGGAGAGUGUGUGUGCUAUUUCACUCAACGUUUUUAAUUUUAAACUAUGAAAUCUGAGGAGCAUGAUUUCGCUUUUCAUUACAGAAACACUAUGUCUAACGACGACAGAGACAGAAGCAGAGAACGUGAUAGAAACCGCAGGUCCGAACGCCCAAAUCGUAUCAACUCUGAUAGUCGUGAUCGCAGUCGAGAAAGAAACGAUCGUGGAAGGAAGGUUGCCGACCGGCGUAUCUAUGUUUCGAAUAUUCCUUAUGAUUUUCGCUGGCAAGAUCUUAAGGAUCUUUUUAGAACAGAAGUCGGCAAGGUAGCUCACGUUGAGCUUUUCACUGAUGAAAAUGAUAAACCCAGGGGCUGUGGAAUUGUUGAAUUCGAAGAUUCUGAUUCUGUCAAAGUGGCUGUUGAAAAAAUGCACAGAUUUGAUAUCAAGGGACGCAAGCUUGUUGUCAAAGAGGAUUAUGAUGUUGAACGCGAUAAGUAUGGACGAUUGACUACAGGGCGUAACAAUGAUAGAAGCCGUGAUGAUAGAUUUAGGGAUCAAUCCAGGCCUAAUUCUGGCAGGCAAAAUAUACCAGUUCCAACCGGUGCAACUGGUGCUGGUGGAACAGGCGCUGCUACUAGUUCCGAUAACAAAUUUGGAAAUACUUAUGGAUUAAGCACCCAAUUUUUAGAAUCUCUGGGUAUUAUUGGUCCACUAGUCACAAGAGUUUUUGUAGCUAAUCUUGAUUACAAAGUUGAUGAAAAAAAGCUAUUGGAAGUUUUCAAAUUAGCUGGUAAAGUUUUACAUGUUGAACUAGGUAAAGAUAAAGAUGGAAAAUCUCGAGGUUUUGGUGUUGUAGAGUAUGAUCAUCCAGUUGAGUCCGUACAAGCUAUUUCCAUGUUGCACAAUCAACAACUUUAUGAUAGACGUAUGACAGUUAGACUAGAUAGGGCAAAUGAACCAGAUAUGCCUCCGAAGCUACCAGAAGGGCUUAAAGGAAUAGGAAUGGGACUUGGUGCAGGAGGCAACAGAUUAACAGAUGUUGCUAGAAACAUUCCCAAUGUGCAGCCUAAUAAUUCACCAGUGGUCAAUCCUAUUUCUGCACCUGUACUUACAACAGGAGCUUUUGGGGCUGGUUUAAAUAAUGUUGUUCCUGCUCAAUUAGCAACAGCUCUUACAAACUCUAAUGCAGCAGCUCUUCAGGCCAGUUUAGCAAGUGGCUUAGGAGCAAAUCUUGCCACAACAUCUUUGCUAAAUAGCUCUUUAACUAAUGAAUUGGCAUCUAAUUUGAAUAAUUUUGGACAAGGUGCAGCAAGUUUAGCAAAUCUUCAAGCAUCACUUGCUAAUGCACAAUCAAAUAAUAGCUUUGCACCAAGAGGAUUAUCCAAAUUGGAUAAUGAAGUUGCUUUUGGUGGUAAUAAUGCUUUUGGAAACAACACAUUUGGUAGUAACAGAGAUUUUGAUAGUGGUUUUAAUAGAAAUGAUUCAGAACGAGUAUCUGUUGGUGGUGCAGCAUUUUCUACUAAUGCUGGUCAAGUAGGUGGAAAUAGACAGAAUAGCAAUGGAUCACGACAAAUGUCUGACACAAUUGUUAUAGCAAAUCUGCCUCCAAAUACAACAUGGCAAAUGUUACGAGAUAAAUGUCAAGAUAUUGGAGAAGUCAAAUUUGCAGAAAUGAGAGGAGCUGAUGUUGGUAUGGUUCGAUUUGCAACAGAAUGGGAUGCAGAACGUGCUGUGUCUGUCAUGAAUCGGUCACGUAUUGAUGGUAGAGCCCUUGAUGUACGUCUUUAUUAAAUGGCAGACUAUUCUAAACAAAGCAUUAUUCACUGAUCCUGAUAUGAAAUUUUUAAUACAUUUCAAUCCAGUUUUAAGAGGUGAUGAUUGUAUGGUACAGUCAUUUUAACUGCUCAACACCUUUUGCAUCAACAAUCAACAUUGCUUUUUUUUGGACCUUGUUGCUGAAAACUUUUGAAAUGGUGGCAUCAGGUUGUAUUGUAGGUGGAAGUUGUUUCCUGAAUUUUUCGAUUUAUGAAUUAGAUAACUCGCAUCGUAAAAUUCGUUUAAAAUCACUUAUAACUUUUCUAUUUAGUAUUGAUUUAAUUUUUUUUUCCUUCGAAGAAAUAACUUUUUAAAUUUAAACAUUGUAAACGUUGGUCGUUUUUUCUCAGCUUGUUUCGUCCUGUUUAACAUUUGAUAGCAAAACAAUAAGCAGUUUCAAUAAUUGUAAGGAUAUUAGGUUUAAAAUAGUUGCAUAAUCUGUAUAGGUUUCAGUAUGAAUAUUAAAUGAUUAUGCAGAAAAUGGUUUGUAAGCAGCUUUAUUCUAGGAAAUGAUACUUCUUGUAAUAUAACUUCUUGUGGUUUCGUAGUUGUUCAAAAAUUUGUGCCGAUUUCACAUUUGCUUUAGUGAUUUCAAAAUGAUGUGCAGCAUAGUAGCUUCGUAUUUUUCUUUUGAAGCAAGAAUUUGUGUGGUCAGAACAUUGAAAAUUCACUGAAAAAUUUCAAAUUUGCUAUAAAAAUGUUAAUUAACAUACAGGUUAUAUAUAAAGGUUUUUAUAUUUUCGAUUUGAUUUUGAAUUUCAUCCUGUUGAUGGACUUGUUUGUGUUGAAUUGUUCAUUCCUAGAUUUUGACUACAGAAAAUUUCCAUAAUACUUGACAAGUGUGCAUACUCACACAAAUAUACAUAUCCAUAUUCUAUUCACUUGUAUACUCAUCUAAAUACACACACUUACACACACGCACGCACACACACAUGCGCGCGCUCACGCUUAUGCACGCAUUUACAUGGGCAUAUUUAAUAAUAUGUAUGUCACUUUAAAAUUGGAGAAUUUCAUCAGGUUCUAUAUUCUAUGAAUAUUUCCUCUUAUCAUAAUAAUCGAAGAAAAUUUCUAUGCAUUGUAAGACAUUCUUGUGUAAUCAAUUUAUAAGAUGGCCAUUGAAUAAAAUUCAAAUCCACGUUUGACUAUAAAUGAGGA